AUGGCAAGAUGGGCAAUCGAACUAUCGGAAUACGAUAUUGAGUUCAAAAGCCGGACGAGCGCCAAGUCACAAGUCCUAGCCGACUUCAUCGUAGAAAUCCCACCAGAGCUCGCAACUCAAGAGGACGAGCAAAUCCUCAAAUGGACACUGCAUGUCGACGGAUCGUCCUCCAGGCAAGGAGCAGGCGUCGGCAUCCGCCUCGUCUCCCCGACAGGCGAGAUUCUCGAGCAAUCGAUCAAACUCGGUUUCCCAGCGUCCAACAACGAAGCCGAAUACGAAGCGAUUAUUGCCGGACUUCGUCUCGCCGAAGCAGUCGGAGCAGAACACGUUCGUGCGUUCUGUGACUCUCAGCUCGUCGCUAAACAAUUCAGCGGUGACUACGACACGAAAGACGAUCGCAUGGAUGCGUAUCUCAAACAAACGCAAAGACUUGCCAAAGCAUUCAAGACGUUCGAGUUGACAAAGAUCCCCCGUUCCGAGAAUUCCGAAGCCGACGCACUCGCAGCCUUGGCGUCAAAAACCGAAUCAGCACUGCGACGGGUCAUCCCGGUCGAAACCAUCGACGAACCAAGCAUCAAACUCCCCAAGGGAACCGUCAUGGCAAUCUCGCAAGAAGAAGAAGAAGACGAAAACCUCACUGAUGACGAGUCAGCAGAACACAAAUCAUGGCAGGAUGAAAUCAGAAAUUACCUCAUCAACGACGCCGUGCCAGAGGAGCGAUGGGCGGCCCGCCGCCUCCGACGAAAAGCAGCUUACUACUUCUUACGCAACAACGAGCUUUUUCGCUGGAGCGCAAACAAAGUCAUCCUGCGAUGCUGCGACGAAGCACAAGCUAAGAGCAUCAUGGUCGAGACCCACGAGGGAGCAUCAGGAAACCACGCCGGCGGAAGAUCACUCGCUUUAAAAAUUAAGAAGAUCGGAUACUUCUGGCCAACGAUGAUCGGCGAUUGCAUAAACGUCGCCGCCAAAUGCGUCCCCUGCCAAAGAUACGCACCGGCGAUCAACGCCCCAACGCAAGCACUUCAAGCUGCGAUCCCGGCAUAUCCCUUUAUGCGCUGGGGAAUGGAUAUCGUCGGCCCCAUGCCACGCUCACGGCAAUGCGCUUACCUCUUGGUCGUCACCGACUACUUUACUAAGUGGGUAGAAGCAAAAGCGUACAAAAACCCAACGGCUCAUGACGUAAGAAACUUUGUGUGGCAGUAUAUCAUAUGCCGUCACGGUCUUCCUUAUGAGAUCGUCACGGACAACGGAGGACAAUUCGUCGCAGCAACUUUCCGAGAAUUUUGCGCAUCGUGGAACAUCAAGAUCACUUACUCCACGCCAAGAUAUCCUCAAGCUAAUGGACAAGCCGAGUCCACAAACAAAACUAUUGUUGAUGGAUUGAAAAAAAGGCUUGAAGGCUACCAAGGAGCUUGGGCGGACGAAUUGGAUGGAGUGCUCUGGUCGCAUCGAACCACUCCCAGAACCGCAUCCGGGGAAACCCCAUUCUCUUUGUCGCACGGUUGCGAAGCACUAGCACCGGCAGAACUGCACGUAGCCAGCUUACGACGAUCGUUAAUGCCCCUCAACCCGGCAUUGAAUGAUGACUACGGGAUCGCGUCCUGCGUAUGCAAAACUACCAACAACAAGCAACCAGAUAUUACGACAGGAAGGUGCGAAACCGGCGCUUCGAGCUCUACGACCUUGUAUCUAAGAAGGUCCACGACUUUACCAAACCCGAGCACGCAGGCAAAUUCGGGUUCCAUUGGGAAGGACCGUUUCGCAUCACCAAGAUCAUCAAACCCGGGGUCUACGAGCUGGACGAUUGUCACGGAAACCCACUGCCUCGUCCAUGGAACUCCAUGA